CAAGUCUUACAGAGGGGGAACAACCGAACUACUCAACUCGAAGGUCUUGUCUUUUUUUGGAUGAGUUUUAAAUCGCCUGUAUGCUAAUGCAAAAAACAAGUGAAAUGGAGAGUCACCAAUGACUGAUGCGUAUUUGCUAAGAAAUGGGAAAGUAGCGUUACCAGGGCUACCACCACUAUGGCCGCCCACCGAAUCAGAGUGACCAACAACAACAACAUUCUUCCACGCUGCAAGUCAGAGGGAACGCUCAUCGACCUCAGCGAUGGCGUGUCAGAGGCUACUCUCACAGAUGUCAAAGUGCCUUCUCCCAGUGCCUUACGCUUGGACACAUCGGCCUCCUUCGGAACGGCACGAGAGGUGGUGGCCAUCAAGGAUUACUGCCCAUCCAGCUUCACCACACUGAAGUUCUCCAAGGGCGACCACCUGUACGUGCUGGACACGUCCGGCGGGGAGUGGUGGUACGCCCACAACAACACGGAGAUGGGCUACAUCCCCUCCGCCUAUGUCCAGCCCGUCAGCCACCGCAACUCUUCGCUCAGCGACAGCGGCAUGAUAGACAAUCUCGGGGACGUGUCAGAGGAGGGGGCCAGGGAGCUGGACCUCCUUGGCGAGUGGAACGGCGUAACCCUGACGCCCUCACUGCCUUACAGUUGCAACCCUUUCUCCGCCAUGCGUUCGUCCACCAAUCCUUUUCUCAACGGGUCAAUGCAGGGGCUGCUGCUGGACCAGAACGUCCAGGAGAAGGCCAACCAGCGCAACGCCAUGGACUUACUGCUCUUUGACAAUUUUGCACCUUCCCCAUCCCCAUCCGCCACCAGCACGAUCACCAACACCACCACCACCGCCAUGACCAAUGGACACAGCAAUAGCAUCUUUGACCACACGCCUAUCAGCCCGAACAUGGAGGCCUUGGGGAUGCUCCGCAAAGACAACCCGUUCUUCCGGAGCAAAAGGUCCUACAGCUUAUCGGAGCUGUCCAUCCUUCAGUCUCAGUCCAGCCCGCUGCCUUCCAACGGCUUCUUCAGUGGCCUCAAGGCGCCCUCGCCCGAGCAGUUCCAGAGCCGGGAGGACUUCCGAGCGGCUUGGCUGAACCACAGGAAGCUGGCCCGCUCCUGCCACGACCUGGACUCGCUGGGCCAGAACCCCGGAUGGGGCCAGACGCAGCCCGUGGAGACCAACAUCGUUUGCAGGCUGGACAGCAGCGGCGGAGCGGUCCAGCUCCCCGACACGCACAUCAGCCUCCACGUCCCUGAGGGUCACGUUGCCCCCGGCGACACGCAGCAGAUCUCCAUGAAAGCCCUGCUGGACCCUCCUCUGGAGCUCAACAACGACCGCUGCUCCACGGUCAGCCCCGUGGUGGAGAUCAAGCUCAGCAACAUGGAGGUGAAGUCCUUCGUCACGCUGGAGAUGAAGGUGUCUGUGGAGGUCAAGAAGGACCGGACGCACCUGGCGGAGGUGCUGUGUGUACGCAGCGACUUCAAAGAGGGCCCGUACGUGCCCGUCCCCCAGGCCUACAUCUACAGCGACACGGUGCAGGUCCAGCUGGACAAUCUGGAGCCCUGCAUGUACGUGGCCGUCGUGGUCCAAGCCCGGAACGGCUCCAUCAGCUCCACGGUCUGGGAGCACAUGGCGAAGAAGUUGACUCUGGGCUUGUACGGGCCCAAACACAUCCACCCGUCGUUUAAAACGGUGGUGGCCAUCUUCGGCCACGACUGCGCCCCAAAGACGCUGCUGGUGAGCGAGGUGGGGAAGCAGGUCCAGGCGUCGGCCCCGCCUGUGGCCCUCCAGCUCUGGGGGAAGCACCAGUUCGUGCUCAACCGUCCCCAGGACCUGCAGAUCGGGAUGUACUCUAACAUGUGCAACUACGAAGUGAAGGCCAACGAACAGGCUCGGUCAGUGCGGGGCUUCCAGGUGAAGCUGGGCAAGGUGAGCCGGCUGAUUUACCUCAUCACGUCGCGCAACGCCGACGACAUCGCCGACUUCACGCUGCGCGUGCAGGUCAAGGACGACCAGGACUGCAUGCUGGCCCAGUUCUGCGUCCAGACGCCCCAGCCGCCGCCCAAGACCAACGUGCGCUCCAACGGUCAGAGGAGGUUCCUGAAGAAGAAGGAGGUGGGGAAGAUCAUCCUCUCGCCCCUGGCCAUCACCACCAAGUACCCGCAGUUCCAGGAGCGCUGCAUCACCAACCUAAAGUUCGGCAAGUUGCUCAAGACGGUCAUCCGCCAGCACAAGAACCAGUAUCUGCUGGAGUACAAGAAAGGGGACGUUAUCGCCCUGUUGAGCGAGGAGCGGAUCAAGCUGAAGGGACAGCUCUGGACCAAAGAGUGGUAUAUAGGAUAUUAUCAGGGAAAGACGGGUCUCGUGCACGUCAAGAACGUUCUGGUCUUGGGGAAAGUCAAGCCCAUCUACUUCUGUGGGCCGGACCUGACCACGACGAUUCUGAUGGAGCAGAUUCUGAAGCCGUGCAAGUUUCUCACGUACAUCUACGCAUCCGUGCGGACGGUGCUGAUGGAGAACGUGGGGAACUGGCGCGCGUUCGCCGACGCUCUGGGAUACGGGAACCUCCCCCUGACCUUCUUCUGCCGGUCGGAGCUGGACAGUGAGCCGGAGAGAGUGGCCUCGGUUCUGGAGAAACUCAAAGAGGACUGCAACAACCUGGACAUCAAGGAGCGCAAGUCCUUUCAGAAGGAGCUAAUGUCUGCCCUUUUGAAGAUGGACUGUCAGGGCCUAGUGGCACGGCUCAUCAUGGACUUUGUGCUGCUGACCACAGCCGUGGAGGUGGCGCCGCGGUGGCGUGAGCUGGCGGAGAAGCUGGCCCGAGUGUCCAAGCAGCAGAUGGACGCCUAUGAGGCUCCGCACCGGGACAAGAAUGGCCUGCUGGAUAGCGAGGCCAUGUGGAAGCCGGCGUAUGACUUCCUGCUGACGUGGGCGGCCCAGAUCGGGGACAGCUACCGUGACGUGAUCCAAGAACUGCACUUGGGCCUGGACCGCAUGAGGAGCCCCAUCACCAAGCGCUGGAAGCACCUGACGGGCACGCUCAUCCUUGUCAACUGCCUGGACAUGCUACGCAGCUCCGCCUUCUGCCCCGCCCCUCAGGAUGAUUUCGCCAUCUAAGCCACGCCCCUACAACCACUCUACCCCUCCUCCUCCUCCGCUGUUAGUUGAAGCACCUCCUGGUCGGACUAAAAGCUCCAACAGGCCUUGAACUCUUGCAGUCAGGCUAUACCAGGCACACAACUGAAGUGUUCCGGAGCAUAAAAAUUGUUCUAGAAGACUGGUCUAAUUUUUUCGAAUCUACGCACCGCUGCCUCAUGUGGUCUAGCGAGUUCCAUAGAUGACAGUGGAAGAUAAUUGCUGCAGCAUACGCUCCACAAAUGGAACGCCUCAGUUGUGUGUACGUUAUAACCCGGCUGUUACUGUACAUGUGGAUCUUCAACCUGGCUUCUCAUAUAUACUGUAAAUGUUCUUGUAAACCCUGUCUAUUUUGCCUCAAACGAUCCUCGGACGUUGGCUGAAUGCUGAUCUUUCCCCUUCCCAGUGACGCCCUCAUAGUAAGCCAGUUCAAGCCAAAACACUGACGUGGUUUCAGCAUAGUUAUUUUUUUGAGAACACAAGGGUCGUUUCUACCUGGUAAUGUCCCUUGCUAUUUGUAUUUUUUUAAAGAAAUGGCACAGCAAUGAUUUUUAGAACCACUGUGACAAUUUUCAAUGUCAGUUUUUAGAAAAGGAGAAAAAACACUGAAUAAAAAAAUUGGUUACGUUCAUUUUCACGCAGUGUUUUAUGUUUGCAGCUGCUUCUUCUCUCAUGUUGAAGUAUGUGAGGUCUCCACAUACAACCUGACUUGCUUUUCAGUUGCCAAAAUGAUGAACCCUCAGCCUUUAAGCUGCAUUUUAGUUGAGCAUUUUGCAGCAACUCAAGUUUGGCAUGACAAACUCACACUCACAUGCUAAUUUAAAAAUGACUGCCCACAGUUGUGUAAUCCUCAUUAAGCUCUCUGAGGAAAUGCUGUCUUAAUUUGAACUGGCAUUUACACGUAAGGGUUUUGUUCUAAUUAAAUUCCUAUAGAAUGCAGUUGAUUCAGUUUACACGGUGGUUAGCCCAGUGUAAAAAUGUGUGUCUCCUUUGUGAUUCAGUAACAAAUAUGCUGCUGCUUGUUAGCUUCUAUCCUGAAUUCACCAGAUAUCGAUCGAUGUUUCCCAAGCAUUAACAACAACUGCGAUAUUACUAAAGAAUUAAUGAGAAAAAACACUGCUUUAAAAAGUGAAUGAAGUUAGGAGAGCAUUCUGAGAGAGUGUUUUUUUGUGUCCAGCCAGUGCAAACUAUCCCAGAGUUUUGAUGCCCAUUCCAAUACACUUAUGAGAGUCUUACAAAUGGUGUUACAGCAGAGUUUUGGUCACACAAAAACCCUCAGAGUAUUCUGUUGCAGUAUUAUUUCCGUUAUUGCUGUGUUACCAAUAGGAUCUGUGGAAAAAAAUAAAUGAGUUUAUGCUGUAAUUAUGUAUUUAUGACGGUUUGGUUCUUAUUGUUGCCAUGGUUUACUAUAUAAUUCUCCUUUCAUGCGAUUUAUUUGCCCUUGCGAAGCAGGUAUUGAAGGAAAAGAAAGGAAGGGUAUUUUUGUUUUGUUUUGUUUUUUUGUUUUUUUGUAGUCUGUGUUUUCUGCUGUUUUUUUCCCUUAAUUACAUGAUUCGGCAAUGCCAACAAUAUGAAAAGACAAAGGAAAAAAUCAACCUUCAUUGCAAGGCUUUGCUUUCUGUCAGCUUUCCCCUCCAAUCGCUAGUACUGUACUGUACAUUUGCUGGAUUUCUGUUACUGUUUGGUGACUGCAUCUAUAUCUGUGGGAAACUGAAUGUAUAUAUUCUGUAUGGUUAGAACAAUUACUUUGUUUUGACCUUUUUGUCUUUUUGUUGCUUUUGUUUUUUUUUUUGGUUGGUCUCAUAGAUCUGUGGAAUUCAUUUUUUUUUAAUGAUUGGCAUACUGCUCUUUUGGGGAAGUUCAAUCAAACUAUUUAGCCCUGAUUGCCUUUGUGUUUGCCACAAGUCAUUGUGACUAAAUUACUUGAUUGAAAUUCCACCGCUUUUGUCUUAGUUUCUGCCAAACAUGUAGGGGGAACAAGCUCCAACUGUGCUGUUACAUUUUGUUCCCAUGGAUUCAAUAAAACAGCUGUCAGGUA